GUGCAUAAAUAAGAACACCCAGGGCACAGGACUGGUUAAGUGAGAAGACAAUGGUUAGGCCAGUUGCUUGAGGUGUUGAGGUUGAUGAGUCUCUCAAAGGUUUAGAGGUGUACUGACAGUAUAAUGUAGAUUGGUAGCUCGUUCCACCAUUGAGGAACUACAUUUGAGACAUUUUUUCACCUGAUCUCCAGACAGUAUUAGUUUGCUGACCAAAGAAAGGAUGUAGGUCUUCAUGAGUGUGUCCUUGAUGGAGUGUUCGUAUUUACAGCGCCGUCGAUUCCAACCCCCUGUCAGUGUAUGUCAUGCACCCGUUCUGGAACUCUGUCGUAAAGAUAUUGCCCACAUGGCUCGCCCCAAACCUCAUCACGUUCACCGGCUUCAUGUUCCUGGUGCUCAACUUCCUCAUGCUGGCUUUCUACGACUUUGACUUCGACGCCUCGGGCCAAGGUCACACGCACGUCCCGACCUGGGUGUGGGUGGCAGCUGGAGUCUUCAACUUCAUCGCUUACACUCUGGAUGGUGUGGAUGGGAAACAGGCUCGCAGGACCAGCUCCAGCACGCCGCUGGGGGAGCUCUUUGACCACGGCCUGGACAGCUGGGCCUGCAUCUUCUUCGUGUCCACAGUGUACUCCAUCUUCGGGCGUGGCAACACGGGAGUGGAUGUGCUGACGCUCUACUAUAUCCUGUGGUCCGUGCUGUUUUCUUUCAUCCUGUCCCACUGGGAGAAGUACAACACCGGCGUGUUGUUCCUGCCCUGGGGAUAUGACAUCAGCCAAGUGACCAUCUCCGUCGUGUACAUCAUCACAGCUGUGGUGGGUGUGGAGGCGUGGUACAAGCCCAUAUAUGGGAACUUUUACUACAGAGACCUCUUCACUGUGAUGAUCUUGGGCUGUGCGUUCGUAGUAACUCUCCCAAUGAGCCUUUACAAUGUCUUCAAGGCCUACCGCAGCAACUCCCUGAAGCACAGCUCGCUCUAUGAGGCCUUCCUGCCCUUCCUAUCCCCGGUGAUACUCUUUUUGCUCUCCACCCUCUGGGUCUGCCUCUCUCCCAAUGAUAUCAUCCAACAGCAGCCCCGCAUCUUCUACCUCAUGGUGGGCACAGCCUUCGCCAACGUCACUUGCAAGCUGAUUGUGUGCCAGAUGAGCAACACGCGCUGCCAGCCGCUCAGCUGGUUGCUGCUGCCCAUGGUGCUGCUGGUUCUGCUGGUGGCGUCGGGCGUCCUGAAGCACAGCGAGGGCCUCGUGCUGCACGUCUGGACCGGGCUGGUGCUUCUGGGCCACAUCCACUAUGGCGUGUCCGUGGUGCGUCAACUCAGCGCACACUUCCACAUCUUCCCCUUCUCGCUGAAAAAGCCCAGCACCGAUUGACUAGAGGAGGAGAAGAUGGGUCUGCAGGCUGCGGAGGUCUAGCCAGCCUGUCCCUCCCCGUGCUCCACAUCACCCAAAAGGGGGUGCCAUUUCCCCCAGGAGACACCCAGCCACUCAGCGACACACAGCCCGGCCCGGCCCUCCCCUCCCCCUAGCAGCCCGGUUUGGGGUUGGGGGGUGGGGGGGGGGGUGACCUUUUCAUUGUUUUCAGCAGUGAGGUUUGCUUGUUUCCUAAGGAAAUGUGCUUCAGCAUUGAUGGCACACCAGAACCAGCCUGGUGCCUUUUUUACACACACUCUCAUGAAUGUACUGUGCAAGGCCCCGGACCAGCGGGCUUCCUCCUUUCGCGUUGGUUGGUGUGCAGUCCUCUCUAACUUGGGAUCUCAAAGCUACACGACUCUGUCCAUCUCAGAAUGAUUGGGCGCAUCAGACUAAGAAGGCCAAGACUUGCUCAGUGUCUGAUUGGUCCAGUUCGGGAGAUGCGAGCUGUUCACAGCCCUGGGGACGUGUGGCUCCGCUGUUUGUGGGACUCUGUGUUUUCCCGUCUUGCGGGUGGUGAUGUCAGCAUGGCCCCUUCCUCUCUUGCUUGGCUCUCUCUCCCUCUUUCUUUAGUUUGAGCUUGAAUGAAGAGUGUACCUCAAACCCAGUUCUGGAACGGCUAUACUCUGAAGGAAUAAGCAUGUGUUUGUUUUAUUUUAAAUUUUUUUUUUACAAAAUGUAAGCACUAGUUUCUACUCGUAUACAUGUAUAGUUAUAUGGUUAUUUUGUUGUUACGGUUUCCCAGUCAGUGGAUGGUUCAGAGUGGUGGUGGUUGUGAUCGUUUAUUUAAGUGAUGCCAGCAUAUCAGUCCUGAAACGACUCUUGACAUUUCGUGUAUGUAUGUGUGUUAGGAAGCUGAGCAAAGCUGAAUUUCAGAUUUGAUUUCUCCAAUAAUUUUUUUUUAAUUGUAACCUUUUUUGAGAACUGUUCAUAUGCCAUCUUGACGGUAGUCUGUAAGAAGUCUGGGUUGCCCCCCCCCCGCCCCCCUGCAGUGGAUUUUGCCUGGUGUGUGAGUAAAGGCCAUGUCUGUGUUUAUUAAUGUGUCACUGUCACCAGUACUUGCUACAACUAUCUGUAAAUGGUCACCUUCCGUCCCACGAAAGUGCUCUGGCUUUCUAAAUGAUGUACUCUGUGUGUCGAUCAUGUUGGUUGAAGUAUGGAUGUAAUCAUAAGCAGCUGAUUCAUGUGCAUGGUGUGUGUGUGCUGGGGUCGUCGGGCCAUCACGCCAUGUACAGAUCGCCCGUGUACUACAGUAUUCUAUGUGCUUGGGUACUGGGCUUUCUUUUCAUAGUCAGCUUUUUCCUUGUCAUGACCUCACCUCAGACAAAUGUGUAUGCAAAUAAGUGGUAAGAUUAGUAUUAUUCAAAAUAUUCACUCGAUAUAAAAUGUUAAUGCUAUUAUGAUGUAUAUACAGGUUGAUGAGAUGGGGAUAGACCACCUUCCUGUAAAUAUCACAUAUAAAGUUAAUCUUGCUGUUUGACUAAUUUCUUAGGGCUGUUUCAGUUGGUGACCAUAUGUAUGCGAAUACUUCAGUAAGAUUUAAAGUGUUGGGUGGCAGAUGGGCCUUUUUUUUGCGAAGAAGCCAUUUCCAUUUGUGAAUUUGUCACUCGCUAAGUAAUCACUUUUUGGCUUUUGUGUGAAGAGUUAGAUAAGGAAUUCGCUGUAACUUUCCUACCUCAGACUAUUGUAGUACAUGACUGAGACUGUCUUCAUGACUUCAUCCAGUACAGGUUGAUCAACUGAUGUUUAAAAAAAUGGGUAGCAAGCAGGAACAUUAUCAUGGUCUGGCUUUUGUGAGUUUGUGUGUACAGAUGUGUAAUGCAGUGUCAGGUACACCUGGCACGUUUCAUGUGAUUUAAAUCUGUGUUCUGCUGUUGACAAACACCACUUAAAUACAUUGGCCUCUAAUGACUUAAUGCUGUGACAUUCAGUUUCCAACAGGACAUUUCCAAAAAUGGCCAGUGUUUAAAGUAGGCCAGACUAUAUAUAUACACAUUAGUUCUGUUUGCCUAGUAAAGUAAUAAGCUGCGCAUUGCUCUAGUAAUCAGACUGACGCCAUUCUUGUUUCAUUAAAAUGUCUUACUAUGUGA